ACGGCGGGAACAUGGCGCGCGGAGCCGGCGCGCGCGCCUAGCUGGCGGGACCGUUAGCUCGAGGCGGACGCGGCCCGGGUCCCGCGGCGAUGGAGCAGUCGCUGCCGCCGGCGCCUGAGCCCAUUCCGGGGUCAACCCUGGUACGGAGCCAAAGGCACCGGGAGCCCGAGUCGCCUCCGGCGCCGGCGCCGAUUCCUCUCUUUGGUGCUAAGACUGUUGGCCAGAGAAGUCCUGAUGGACCAAUGCUGAGCAAAGCUGAAUUUGUUGAGAAAGUUCGUCAGAGUAAUCAGGCCUGUCAUGAUGGAGAUUUCCACACAGCUAUUGUUCUGUACAAUGAAGCCCUGGCUGUUGACCCUCAGAACUGCAUCUUAUACAGCAAUAGAUCUGCAGCCUAUAUGAAAAUCCAGCAGUAUGACAAGGCACUGGAUGAUGCAAUCAAAGCUCGACUUCUCAAUCCCAAAUGGCCAAAGGCAUACUUCCGACAGGGUGUUGCCCUCCAGUACCUCGGACGUCAUGCCGAUGCCCUGGCAGCCUUUGCGUCUGGGCUGGCACAGGACCCCAAGAGUCUCCAGCUUCUGGUGGGGAUGGUAGAAGCUGCCAUGAAAUCUCCCAUGAGAGACUCCCUCGAGCCCACUUAUCAGCAGCUUCAGAAAAUGAAACUGGACAAGAGUCCCUUUGUGGUCGUGUCUGUGGUUGGGCAGGAACUCCUGACAGCUGGCCACCACGGAGCCUCUGUGGUUGUCUUAGAAGCUGCUCUGAAGAUUGGCACCUGCAGCCUCAAACUGAGAGGUUCCGUUUUCUCUGCACUGAGCAGUGCUUAUUGGUCUCUUGGAAACACAGAGAAGAGCACUGGAUACAUGCAGCAGGACUUGGAUGUAGCCAAGACCUUAGGUGACCAGACAGGAGAAUGCCGAGCUCAUGGGAAUCUGGGCUCUGCAUUCUUCUCCAAAGGAAAUUACCGGGAGGCUCUCACUAACCACAGGCAUCAGUUGGUGCUUGCCAUGAAACUCAAGGAUCGAGAGGCAGCUUCAUCAGCCCUGAGCAGUCUGGGCCACGUAUACACAGCCAUUGGAGACUACCCCAAUGCCCUGGCCAGUCACAAACAGUGUGUUCUUCUGGCCAAGCAAUCCAAAGAUGAGCUUUCUGAAGCCCGAGAACUUGGCAACAUGGGAGCUGUGUAUAUUGCCAUGGGUGACUUUGAGAAUGCUGUGCAGUGCCAUGAGCAGCAUCUGAAGAUAGCCAAGGAUCUGGGGAACAAGCGAGAAGAAGCCCGGGCAUACAGCAAUCUGGGCAGUGCCUAUCACUAUAGAAGAAACUUUGACAAGGCUAUGUCUUACCACAACUAUGUCCUGGAGCUGGCUCAGGAGUUGAUGGAGAAGGCCAUUGAGAUGCGGGCCUAUGCUGGCCUGGGCCAUGCUGCCAGGUGUAUGCAGGAUUUGGAGAGGGCUAAACAGUACCAUGAGCAGCAGCUGGGCAUUGCUGAGGAUCUCAAGGACCGGGCUGCAGAGGGACGAGCAUCCUCCAAUCUGGGAAUCAUACACCAGAUGAAAGGUGAUUAUGAUACGGCACUGAAACUCCACAAGACCCACCUGUGCAUUGCCCAGGAGCUGAGCGAUUAUGCUGCCCAGGGCCGUGCCUAUGGGAAUAUGGGCAAUGCCUACAAUGCUCUGGGCAUGUAUGACCAAGCGGUCAAGUACCACCGGCAGGAGCUGCAGAUCUCCAUGGAAGUGAAUGACCGUGCCUCACAGGCAUCCACUCAUGGAAACCUGGCAGUGGCCUACCAGGCCCUGGGUGCCCACGACCGUGCCCUGCAGCACUAUCAGAACCACCUGAACAUUGCCCGGGAGCUGCGGGACAUCCAGAGUGAGGCCCGGGCUCUCAGCAACCUGGGCAAUUUCCACUGCUCUCGAGGGGAGUACAUCCAGGCUGCCCCCUACUAUGAGCAGUACCUCCGCCUUGCUCCUGACCUCCAGGACAUGGAAGGAGAAGGAAAAGUCUGCCACAAUCUUGGCUAUGCCCAUUAUUGCCUCGGAAAUUACCAGGAGGCAGUGAAGUACUACGAGCAGGAUCUGGCCCUGGCCAAAGACCUUCAUGACAAAUUGAGCCAAGCAAAAGCUUACUGCAACUUGGGCUUAGCGUUCAAGGCUCUGCUGAAUUUCAGCAAAGCUGAAGAGUGUCAAAAGUACCUACUGUCCCUAGCCCAGUCCCUGAAUAAUUCCCAGGCUAAAUUUCGAGCCCUCGGAAACCUGGGCGAUAUAUUCAUCUGUAAAAAAGAUGUAAAUGGUGCAAUAAAAUUCUAUGAGCAGCAGCUAGGCUUGGCUCACCAUGUAAAGGACAGAAGACUGGAGGCCAGUGCAUAUGCAGCCCUGGGCACUGCGUACCGUAUGAUCCAGAAACAUGACAAGGCCUUGGGUUAUCACACGCAGGAGCUGGAGGUGUAUCAGGAACUGAGUGACUUGCCAGGAGAGUGCAGAGCUCAUGGGCACCUGGCAGCCGUCUACAUGGCCCUGGGGAAAUACACAAUGGCAUUCAAGUGUUAUGAAGAGCAGCUGGAUCUGGGGCAGAAGCUGAAGGACCCAAGUCUAGAAGCCCAGGUCUAUGGCAACAUGGGCAUCACCAAGAUGAACAUGAAUGUGAUGGAAGAAGCUAUCGGCUACUUUGAGCAGCAGUUGGCCAUGCUACAGCAGCUCAGUGGAAACGAAUCUGUCCUCGACAGGGGCCGGGCUUAUGGCAACCUGGGGGAUUGCUAUGAGGCCCUGGGUGACUAUGAGGAAGCUAUCAAGUACUAUGAACAAUAUUUAUCUGUGGCCCAGAGUCUGAAUCGCAUGCAGGACCAAGCCAAGGCUUACCGGGGCCUAGGAAAUGGACACAGGGCAAUGGGGAGCUUGCAGCAAGCCCUUGUGUGCUUUGAAAAGAGGCUUGUGGUUGCCCAUGAGCUUGGGGAGGCCUUUAAUAAAGCCCAAGCCUAUGGAGAGCUGGGAAGCCUUCACAGCCAAUUAGGGAAUUACGAACAAGCCAUUUCCUGCCUUGAACGCCAGCUGAACAUUGCCAGAGAGAUGAAAGACCGAGCUCUGGAAAGUGAUGCGGCCUGUGGCCUAGGGGGUGUUUACCAGCAGAUGGGGGAAUACGAUACAGCCCUGCAGUACCACCAGCUUGAUCUGCAGAUAGCAGAGGAAACCAACAACCCCACGUGCCAGGGCCGAGCCUAUGGGAACCUCGGCCUGACCUACGAAUCCCUGGGCACCUUUGAGAGGGCUGUGGUCUAUCAAGAACAGCACCUAAGCAUUGCUGCACAGAUGAACGACUUGGUGGCCAAGACAGUGUCUUAUAGUAGCCUCGGGAGGACCCAUCAUGCUUUGCAGAACUAUUCCCAGGCAGUCAUGUACUUACAGGAAGGUUUAAGGUUAGCAGAGCAACUGGGCCGAAGAGAAGAUGAAGCCAAAAUUCGCCAUGGUCUUGGCCUCUCCCUUUGGGCGAGUGGGAACCUGGAGGAAGCCCAACAUCAGCUCUAUAGGGCAUCGGCCUUGUUUGAAACCAUCCGGCAUGAGGCACAGCUGAGCACGGACUACAAACUCUCCCUCUUUGACCUGCAGACAUCAUCCUACCAGGCCUUGCAGCGGGUGCUCGUCAGCCUGGGCCAUCAUGAUGAAGCCCUGGCUGUGGCAGAGAGAGGACGGACAAGGGCGUUUGCAGAUCUCCUGGUAGAACGACAAACAGGACAGCAGGACUCUGACCCCUACUCCCCGGUCACCAUCGAUCAGAUCUUAGAGAUGGUUAAUGGCCAGAGGGGACUAGUGCUUUACUAUUCCCUGGCUGCAGGCUACCUGUACAGCUGGCUGCUUGCUCCUGGGGCAGGAAUUUUGAAGUUUCACGAACACUACCUGGGAGAUAACACAGUGGAAAACCCCGGUGACUUCCAGGCCAGCAGCAGCACAGCCCUUCCAGCAGCCACCAGCUCGACCCUAGAGCAACACAUCGCCAGCGUGCGUGAGGCCCUGGGCGUGGAGUCCUACUACUCGAGGGCCUGUGCCAGCAGCGAGACGGAGAGUGAAGCCGGGGACAUCAUGGACCAGCAGUUUGAAGAGAUGAACAACAGGCUCAAUUCAGUCACUGACCCCACCGGCUUUCUUCGGAUGGUUCGCCGCAACAACCUCUUAAACAGGAGCUGCCAGAGUAUGACCAGCCUGGUUGGCAACACUGCAUCACCCAUCAAGGAGGGGACCUCCUCUCUGCCCAGGAGGCAGAGCUCAUUGGCCAGGCCGCCGCUGCGUGCUCUGUAUGACCUACUCCUGGCGCCCAUGGAAGGGGGCCUGAUGCGCUCCAGCGGCCCCGUGGGCCGGCACCGGCAGCUGGUCCUGGUGCUGGAAGGAGAGCUCUACCUCAUCCCUUUCGCCCUCCUGAAGGGAAGCUCCUCCAACGAGUACCUCUACGAACGCUUCGCCCUCAUCGCUGUCCCCUCCAUCCGCGCCCUUGGCCCACAGUCCAAGUCUCAUCUGAGGAAGCCCCCGCCUGCCUACUCCAGCUCCACGUCCAUGGCUGCCGUCAUUGGCAACCCCAAGCUCCCGUCAGCAGUGAUGGACAGGUGGCUGUGGGGCCCGAUGCCGUCGGCCGAGGAGGAGGCCUACAUGGUGUCAGAGCUGCUGGGCUGCCAGCCCCUGGUGGGCAGCGUGGCCACCAAAGAGCGGGUCAUGAGUGCCCUGACCCAGGCUGAGUGCGUCCACUUUGCCACCCACAUCUCUUGGAAACUGUCGGCCUUGGUCCUCACGCCCAGCAUGGAUGGCAACCCGGCUGGCAGCAAGAGCUCCUUUGGCCACCCCUACACCAUCCCUGAGUCCCUGCGAGUGCAGGACGAUGCCAGCGACGGGGAGAGCAUCUCGGACUGCCCGCCGCUGCAGGAGCUGCUGCUUACAGCCGCCGAUGUCCUGGACCUGCGGCUGCCCGUGAAGCUGGUGGUCCUCGGCUCCUCCCAGGAGUCUAACAGCAAGGUCACAGCUGACGGCGUCGUCGCGCUAACACGAGCCUUCCUGGCUGCUGGAGCACAGUGUGUCCUAGUGUCUUUGUGGCCUGUGCCCGUGGCCGCUUCUAAGAUGUUCCUCCACGCCUUGUACUCGUCCCUGCUAAAUGGCCUGAAGGCCAGUGCGGCUGGCGAGGCCAUGAAGGUAGUGCAGAGCAGCAAGGCCUUCUCGCACCCCUCCAACUGGGCAGGGUUCGUGCUCAUCGGGAAUGACGUGAAGCUCAACAGUCCCUCCUCGCUCAUUGGCCAGGCCCUCACGGAGAUCCUCCAGCACCCAGAGCGCGCUCGGGAUGCCCUGCGAGUGCUGCUGCACCUGGUGGAGAAGUCCCUGCAGCGCAUUCAGAAUGGGCAGCGCAACGCCAUGUAUACGUCCCAGCAGAGCGUGGAGAACAAAGUGGGUGGCAUCCCUGGCUGGCAGGCCCUCCUCACUGCUGUGGGCUUCCGGCUGGACCCCCCAGCCAGCGGCCUGCCAGCAGCUGUCUUCUUCCCAACCUCCGACCCGGGUGAUCGGCUCCAGCAGUGCAGUAGCACCAUCCAGUCCCUGCUGGGUUUGCCCAACCCUGCCCUCCAAGCCCUGUGCAAGCUCAUCACUGCCUCGGAGACAGGCGAGCAGCUCAUCAGUCGGGCUGUUAAAAAUAUGGUUGGAAUGCUCCACCAGGUGCUGGUGCAGCUGCAGGCCGGUGAGAAGGAGCAGGAUUUUGCAUCGGCCCCCAUCCAGGUCUCCAUCAGUGUCCAGCUGUGGCGGCUCCCAGGAUGUCAUGAAUUCCUGGCAGCUCUAGGUUUUGAUCUCUGUGAAGUUGGUCAGGAGGAAGUAAUCCUGAAAACUGGGAAACAAGCCAAUCGACGAACCAUGCACUUUGCACUCCAGGCCCUGCUCGCACUCUUUGAUUCCACUGAGCUGCCCAAGCGCCUCAGCCUUGACAGCUCGUCCUCCCUGGAGUCUCUGGCCUCAGCCCAGUCUGUUUCCAACACUCUGCCUUUGGGCUACCAACAUCCUCCCUUCUCUCCCACUGGUGCAGAGAGCAUAGCCUCCGACGCCAUCUCUGUGUACAGUCUGAGUUCCAUCGCCUCCUCAAUGAGCUUUGUCUCCAAGCCUGAGGGUGGGUCAGAAGGCGGUGGUCCCCGAGGACGGCAGGACUACGACCGGUCCAAGAAUGCCUACCCACAGAGAGCCACCCUGCCUCGGAGCCAGCUGUCCCCCCAGACCCGCCCUGCAGGCAGCAAAGAUGAAGAAGAAUACGAAGGGUUUUCCAUCAUCAGCACUGAGCCUUUGGCGGCCUACCAAGAAAACAGAAAGACUCGCUUCUCACCAGAUCACAAACAGUCCCGAGUCGGGACAUCCGGAGGGAAAGUUUUGGUGAGCUCCAAGGGGAGCAUAAGCACUCCAAAUUCUCCAGUUAAAAUGACUCUGAUUCCUAGCCCAAACUCACCCUUCCAAAAGGUUGGAAAACUAGCAAGUUCAGACACAGGAGAGUCAGAUCAGUCUAGCACAGAAACAGAUAGUACUGUGAAAUCUCAAGAAGAAAGCAACCCAAAGCUUGAUCCACAAGAAUUGGCCCAGAAGAUCCUAGAGGAGACACAAAGUCAUCUCAUUGCAGUGGAGCGCCUGCAGAGGGGCGGUGGGCAAGGCAAGGGUACUAAUCCUGAAGAUGGUAUCUCCGUGCCCAAUGGUGCUGCUGUCUUCAGAGCGUCAGAGACGAGUGCAUUCAGCAGGCCUGCCCUCUCCCACCAGAAGAGUCAGCCAUCACCAGUUACUAGCAAACCAAAGCCCCCAGCCAGAAGCUCUUCCCUGCCCAAGGUGAGUUCAGGAUACAGCAGCCCUACCGCCUCAGAGGCGUCCAUCAAGGAAAGCCCGAGCCAGCACAGCAGCCGGCCAUCUCCCGGCUCUGACUCCCAGGCUUCCCUGACCGACCAGCCUCUCUUUAAGCUGAAGUAUCCCAGCUCUCCAUACAGUGCUCACAUUUCCAAAUCACCAAGGAACAUGUCCCCGAGCUCGGGCCACCAGUCUCCAGCUGGCAGCGCACCGUCCCCAGCUCUGUCCUAUUCCUCAGCUGGUUCUGCUCGCUCGAGUCCAGCUGAUGCUCCUGACAUAGACAAACUGAAAAUGGCAGCCAUUGACGAAAAGGUGCAGGCUGUCCACAACCUGAAGAUGUUUUGGCAGAGCACACCCCAGCAGUCCACGGGACCUGUGAAAAUAUUCCGGGGGACCCCUGGCACGAUGACGUCCAAAAGAGAUGUCCUCAGUCUGUUAAACUUGUCACCUCGGCACAACAAGAAGGAGGAAGCAGUAGACAAGCUGGAACUCAAGGAGCUACCCUCGAAGCAACAUGGAGAAAUGCCUCAAAAAGCCCCUCCCAAUGGACACUGGCACGCGGAGACCACCUCGCUGAGCACCCUGCCGCUGCCCGCUGGCCCUCCAGCCGCAGCUCCCACACGCCCUCUGAGACUUCCUUCUGGCAACGGCUACAAGUUUUUGUCCCCAGGAAGAUUUUUUCCUUCCUCUAAAUGUUAAAGCAACUUUUCUGCCCACCGAUACCGUCUCGGAGUGCAGCCCGGGUCUCCGCAUGCCCUUGGCCUGCUCCUUGUGAGUGUGGUCAUCCAGCGUGGGUGUGUUUCUGGGCACAGGGCACCACCACGCCCAGAUGCCACACACAUGCUGGUGGCUCCUCUGGGGCUCUAGACCAGAUUCACCAAAAGCCAGGACCUCUGUGGGGUUGGAAUUUUCUACACACUUCACCAAAUGUUUACCUUUGAACUCCCUGCUUCUCAUCAUUGAUGUGAUUCUUCAACAGGAUUUUUAUACAAAAACGGUCAUGGUUCUGGGGUGGGGAGAGGAAAGGGAGCACAUAUUUUGCUAGAAGGUAUAUAUGCAGUACCUUUUAUACACAGAAAUACAAAUAGAGCUUUUUUAAGGCUUUCGGGUGCUGGUUGGGAGUGGGAUAUAUAAAAUCUAAGUUGAAUUCUACAUGAAAGUGGUGUUAUAGUAGCCAAAAACAGGAUACUGGUUUUAAAAAUGCCAAUGAUUUUUAAAUUAUAGCAGUUUUGGUCUCACGAUAUUGUAACAUCACAGUAACAAUGCAAUAAUUCACUUCGAAACAGUGCUUCCAUCCUGAACUCUGCUCUGUUGAGUUCUACAAAUGUCCCUGGGGCCCCACUGUCAACCAAACUUGAAUUUUCUUAAGAAAUUUAUGUAACUCUUAUCCAGGCAUUUUAGAACUAUGCAAUUGUGAUUUAAAAUGCAACUUUGUGCUUUUAAAACAUUACUGACCUUUUUUGUACGUGAACAAACAACUUGGUUUUAUUAUCAAUAGUACUUUGCAUUUAUAGCUAUUAUUUUUAAAAGCUCAAAAAGUUUUUUAAAGUAUCAAAUUUUGAAUAGUCAUCAGUAAGUAAUUGUCAAGUUUGGGGGGGGGGGAGUUUGAAAUUAUUCAGUUUCCUUACUAGCAACAACAACAACAACAAAAAAUCCCCAUGGCUAAGUAGAUUUAAUCAGAAUCUAGCCUUCCAGCUCCUAUUCCUUUUAAUAGCUGCUUAAUUUUAUUCUUUUCCCAGCUCCAGGCUUCUAAAACCCUUCUAUCAAACCUGCUGCCAGGUUCCCACGGUCCCAGCACCCGUCCUAUGAGCUGCAUUUGGACUCUGGCUUAGUUGUGACUGGCACCCCUUGCUCCCUGCCCACAGAAGACUUCAGUGUCCCUUCUGCUCAAAUAUACAUCUGAAUUAUUGUUGAACAGGGAAACAUAUUCCUGAAAGCGUUGUCACGGGUGGAAAAAGGGACUUUUCCUGUAGCUCUAACAGUUCACUGAAAUUGUUGUCACUGGGACAAGACAAAAGAAUAGUCCAGGUAGGGGGUAACCAUUAACUUUUUUUAAUGAAGAAAUGAAAUGCUGAAAAUCAUAUGUUACUAAGUUUAGUUGGAUAAUUUAUACAAGCCUCUUUUAGGUAAUUCUAAAACUGAAACCUUACCAUCCUCACUGAGGUGUAUCACACUUGUUCCGGACACCAGCAGCACAGAGGUGGACGUGAGGGGCCUGGCAGGAGGGACACUAACAUCGAGACCCCCAGGGAGAGUUUUUAACCUUGGGUAGGAUCUCACUUGAUAAACAUGCACUGACCACCUGCCCUGUUCCUCACUGUACUCUGAAAAGAGGAAAGGAUAAUAUUUAUUCAAUUUACGUUACUCUCCUGAGCUAUAUAUACCAUGGAAGUUUUUGUGUUUAACCCAAUAGCCAUGUUGAUAAGAGCAAACAGUAAGGAUAUCCCAUUCUAACCCUGAUCCCAACACUGGAAGAGAAAUACUUUAUAAAGAAGCAAGCAACUAUGAGAUUGUCUUUAUGUCUUUUAUAAAUGGUAAUGAAAAUACCAGUGUAGCAAACAAAAGCCAAGUUUAUAUAGCACUGUGCAUUUAGAUAGCAAAAUCAGGUCCUCAAUACCAAGAAAUAAACCUCAACGUAAAUUUCUGAAUCCAUAUGUAGAUAGUUAGGCUGUUCUUUUCUCAGCAACUCUCAGCCUCUUUCCCAAGUGCCAAGGAGCCCUGGAGGAAAGGCCUGGGGUCUGUGCUCCAUCCCUGGGGAUGAGGGUGCAGCCCGUCUGCCCACCUCUAGUGCACACCCUCCACCACCCAGACUGCUUCCCGUGGUUUCCAAGCCGGCCAGGAGGACUUGUGUACUCUAAGCUGGUUUUAGUCCUAACUACAUUUGUUCUUGUAGGUUUCAUGUUGAAAAGCCAAAUGGAAUAUACAACUUUUUUUGGUCCUAGAUACAAGCUUCAAUGAAGGAAAAGCAAAGAUGAUGAAAUAUUAGGAUCAAUCCAAAAAUCACUGUAGAGUCACCGCUUCUUUAUGUUUACUGUCAGUCUUGGGGUUUUCUACACAAGUGAGAUGGAUGUAAAAUCAAAGUAAAUUUUCAGGCUACCUUGAACAAAGUAUGCACUUAAAAAUUAUGUGAGAUUGUAUAAUUCAAAGAUUUCUUUGCACACAUCAGGGUUUGGCAAACGAUGACCCACAGGCUAAAUCUGUUCAGAGGCCUGGAUUUUUACAGCCAUGAGCUAGGAAUGGACUUUACAUUUUAAAAUAUUUAUAAGUACCUAAUUAAUAGUCUUGAUUUUAUCUCUUGGUCCACAAAGCCUAAAAUAUCUAGCCUUUUAAGAAAAAGUUUGCUGACUCCUGAUAUAGGUGACAAAAAACACAAUUAGCAUAAUGUUUGUUUCUAAAAUCUAGGGCAAGUGAGUGUCAGGUUGUGGGAACCUGAGCCAUGUGGAUGGAAGCAAAUGACUCCUGCACUCUCCUCAGCUCUCUGCCCCACUUGGAGCUGAUGGGUGUGGGUGAACUGUACAAAAGUAUUUUUUCUCACUGUAUGCAGAUAGCAUUGGAUAUUAUUUUUCAGCUCAGGAAACUGGAAUGCCCUGCCCCUACUCUACUCCAUCAGAUGCAAAUACAUUGAAUACAAGCAAUAAAAUCUUCCUCUCUAGAAACCUUCUGACCACAAAUCAAAGCAGUAGACUGUCUUAAUUCUCACCAGUGAACUACACAACCACUUCACUGAUCUUAACUAUGUUGAUAUACCAAGAUGAAAGUUAGCUACUAAAGCUGACAUCUGAUGCAUAUUGGUAUUGGUGUGUAGUAAAACGAAAAAGUUCUCACCUCUGUCCAUCAGAAAAGAUUCCUGGUCCACACUGCUGGUUCUGAGUCUUGGCAGGAGAUGUGCUGCACUCACUGUCCUCAUGGUGCUCUCGUCUGUCCAGUGAAUCUCAGUAGGUAGUCACUGCAGUAAGGUCCCGGCACAGUGCCUGUCCACCCCACAAGGAGAACCGUCACUGCGGUAGUUUCAGUUCAGGCUAGAAAAAAAAUACCACACAGUAAUUUGGUUUGCUUUCAGUAAGUAGACAGAAUGAACCUGAAAACUGUAUAAUUUUCAUCAUAUAUUUCAUUGUUUUACCUAAAUAAUUGUACAUGUGGUUUGUGAACUGGGCCAUUGUUUGUGCCAGUUCCGUCAAAGAUGUUCCAUGUAAGGAUAUGUGUGGUCACCUUGCCCCCCCCCAGACGUUUCCCCCACUUGGCACUCAUGCCCUUUGUAUGCAGUGUUAGCCAUCUUUGGCCUAUGUGGGCUUUUUUUUUGUAAAUUAGUUUCCAGAUGGCAUUAAACUUUUUAUAUUAUGAAAUUUACCAUGUAAAAAGAACUUCAUAUUUUUAUUGAGAUUGCUAAGGCACUUGGCCUUCCUUUGUGAUUUCAGUGUCUAUUAAAGCAUGAAUUCCCUUGGUUUUAA